AUGAACAGAAGCAAAACUCGUGAAGCUGAAGAAGAUGAGAAGGAGCGUCGAGAUAAUGCAGAAGCUGCUUUUCGUGAAUGGCUGAAGAGAAAAGCGGUAGAGCCAAAAACACCCAGAGCUUCACCAUCAAGAGAGGCGAUUUCGCGACAUCUGAAGGACGAGGCGAGGCAGCGUGUCAUCAACGAGUGGCACAACAACAAACGAUUUCAAAAAAGAAAUGAGGAGAAUUCGACAAAAACUGAGGAGAAUAAAUAA